GUAUCCGUCAUGAAGUAAUUUUUGUAUUAAGUUGGUUUAACUUUUGAGUUUUAUCCUAAAAGUAAAACUUGAAAAGUUACGCUGUUAGUAUUACAGCAAUACACAACAUAAUUGUAAUGUAAUACAAUACUGGGCGUAGUGACAGUAAAAUGUAAUAGGAAAACAGUGUGAUGUUUGUGAUUAUUAAUAUUGGGACUGUAAAAGUAUGGUGAAAUGGCAACUGAAAAUAGUGAUUCAGAGAGUGUCAAUGGAUGGACACUUUUAUCAACUGUGAAAGAUGGACAAGAGAGAAGUAAUAAUGAAGACCUUGGUGAAGAAGGGCUUGUUGAAUCAGUUAAGGAGGGAUCUGCUGAGAGGGAUGAAGUAACAGAACCAAACAUACCAAAAGUCACUGUAUCUGAGGCAAAAGAAGAAGAAACACAAGCAUCUGAGGAAGAGCCCUGUAGUAAGCAGACUGAACUUGCUAUUGAGGAUGAUGCAUCUUCACAAGUUUGUAAAGAGGGUCAGGUUGAAGUGAUGGAAGAUGAACCUCAGAAGAUGGAUGAAACUAAGACACCACAAGAGUUACUAGUACCCUCCAAUCAUUCAAACUGUAACAUUCCCAAUGUUACACCUGAGAUAGAUCACAACAACUUCAUAAACAAUGAAGGAGUCGAAAUAAUUAAUGAAGAUCUCUCAGAUGCUUCUUCACUGUCCCCUAUCCGUGAGGAAUUACCGGUUGAUGUAGACAUGAAGCCAGGAGUUAAACACUAUGUUCACACUCCAAACACCCGCUUAAAUGUGAUACUGAAUCUUAUUGUGGCAUUAGCAGUUACUGCAGUGAUUGGACUUGGUGUGGGACAUUUUCUAGGUUGGUCAAAUCAGUGGUGGUAUCAGAAACAGGUGACCCGCAGUCAAGUCCUUAAACUAAAGCAGCUGGAAGAAGAAUUGAUCCAAUGUAUGAAACAAGAGAGUCAACUAGCAUCAGAGUUUCAGGGCUCUACAGUUUGCUACAAAAACUCAGAAUAUUGGAAACAAAGGUUCGAGGAAUUAUUUGAUGAAAGUGAAGACCUAAGAGUACUCAUGGAAAAGACUCAAGAUCAUCUACGAAAACAAAACCUGGGUAUGAUACCAUUAUCCCCUGUCUCAACUAACUGCCCUUCUGAUGUCAGUGAAGAAUUUCACAAGUUGAGGCUCGACUUACUUGUAAAACAAAUGGAACAUUUAAGGUUUCUUAAAACUUAUGAGGAAGUGAAACAUCAAGAGAAGGAAUCCCGCAAACGCCUCAAAGUUUUAGAGAGUGAAAAUACAGAGCUAAAAGCAAAAUUGGAAGAGGAAGAAGAAGAUGAUAAGGUACUGGAGCAAACAGUUAGCAAACUAAGUGAAGAAAAUGUAGAGCUCAAAGCUAAGCUAGUGGAAGAAGAAGAAGACGAUAAGAUGCUGGAGCAGAGAGUUAAUAAACUCAAUAAAGAGAAUGUGGAACUAAAAGCCAAGCUGGUGGAAGAAGAAGAAGAAGAUAAGGCUCUUUUGCAAAGAGUUGAUAAACUCAGUGAGGAAAAUGUUGAGUUAAAGGCUAAGUUGAUAGAAGAAGAAGAAGAUGACAAGAUUUUAGUGGAGCUAGAGGAAAAAAUGGAAAUUCUUAUGAAAGAAAACAGAUUACUUAAGUCUCAGCUUUCUUUAGAUGAUGAUGAUGAUGAGAAAGAUAGUCUUACUAGCUUGAAAGGGGAGGCUCGUAAUAUACAAUUCGAAAAUCUAGAACUGAAGAAAACCUUGGAACAACUUCAAUCCCAGCUUCUGCAAUCGACUGCUUCAAGUGAUUUAGAUGACCUGACUCAAAAUAUAGAUACAGACAAAGCAGAAAGUAAAUUAAAGUUAGAAACUUUAAGGAAACAGAUUAAUACUCUGGUUAUAGAAAACAGAUAUCUUAAAGCAAGCAUUGUUCAGUUAAAGUACACUUUGCCUUUCAAAACAGAAGAAGAACAACAACAGCAACUGAAUGAACUGCAGCAUGAGAACCAAGACUUAAAAGAUGAGAUUGGAAGACUCCGAUACACAAAACCUCCUACCAGAGAGCAUCCUCCACUCGAUGUGCCCCUCAGUAACCAAGAUGAUGAUACAGAUCAAAAAGCUGAAGAUGCACCUGUUGACACAAUAAAGUCUUUACUUCAGAUGUUGGCUGAUGCAGAACAGGAGUCUAGGCGAUGGAAAAAACUUUAUGAAGAAAUUAAAACAGAAUUACAAAAGACCAAUGCCUUGUGGAAUGGCACAUCUCUUCCUUGGCUUCUACCACAUGUAAAUUGGACUGAAGCAGUUAUCACCGGUUUUUCUAAUGGCACCAAGACUGUUACAGGCAUCAUAACUUCAGUUCUUGACCAUAUAUCAAAACACAGUGUAGCAGACACUAACGUUAUUAAUGCACAACUAAACAUAACUGAAGGAGUACUUGAAGACUUUCAACAGAGACUAACAGAAAAGUGGACAGAGCUACAGAAGAUCACAGAGUCAAAGCAAUAUCAACAGUUCAACAGCAAUUCUCAGAAAUUAAUCUUCAAAAUGUCACAAGCCUUACAUAAUGCUGUUCAGAAAGUGCAAGAUGCUGCAGCAAGGUUCUAUAAGAACCAGAAGCCCUUAGAGGCUCAGAUUGACAAGUUAACUGCAAAAGUCUUUAAAAUCAUGGAAAGACAAGAGGAACGGUGGGCAGAGAUGAAGAUGAAAUGGGCAAGAAAAUUUUCAAAACACCAGGUCUCGUUUGACAAAGAUGCAAAUGGAGAUGGUCUUGAUGACUACACAGUUGUUGAGCAUCUUCAAGUCUUACCACAAAAUGAAGAUGAUAAUCAGAAGAUUACACUUGAAAACGUGGAAUAUGAAAACAGAAAAGAAGAAUCCAAAAAGUCAGAACGAACAGAGCUAUGACUAGAUGAAGAAGAGUAAUGCUGAAAAUGCAGGUGAAGUGUAUACACCAUCUUUCUUUAAGAUCAAACACCAGGAAAUGAAAUAGAACUGUUAGCACAAAGAUAAUACAGAUACUUAUGUGAUUAGAUUUAGGAGAGAUAUGUGGGCUACAAAAUUGUACACACAAGAAAACAUUGAUCCAAAUUGUUGAAAAUUAAUGAUGUAAGUUCUGUAGGGAAAGAGCUUAUUUACAUGUGAUAACUUAGAAGCAAAAAAAAAGCAUGAAGAGUAGUUCUUCAGUGAAUUUCAUGUAGUGAGUUACCUUGUUUUUCAAUUUAUAUGCUAUAGAUUCCAUUAAUGGCAUGUGUUUUAAAUCAUAUACAAGUAUACAUGUUUGUGAUGUGUUUAGCUUAGUGAAAGUAAUUUUACUUUUGUUUAAUUAGUCUAAAUGAUUACAUAAUUGCAUUUCUUUCCAUUGGCUAAUUUUGGCUGAUUCUAAUAGGACCAAUUUUUCUUAUUAUUCAUAUUAUUUUCUAUUCGUUUUAAUAUCUUUAUUUCUUAUUGCUGUGCUUUACUAUACAGAAUGAAAUGCUUAUUUUCAUAAAGUUUCACAUUUUACAAGUAAUAUAUCACAGGUACCAGUUUCUCCUAGUUAGCGAAUGGUAAUUGGUUAACUUCAUGUAACGAAAGCAUUCCUCAUUUAUAGUAUACUGUUUUUAUUAAACACCUAAAGAAGUAGAGACAAAGGAUCAUGGUUAACUGCUUCUAAAAAUUAGUUGCACUUUGGUUGUAAAGAAUGGUAUGCUUUUUAACUCCUUGUUUGAAAACAAAUAUUCUUAACUAUUGUAUUUUGUUCAGAACCCAUGCAAGUACGCUGCUUUGUGUACAAUAUCUGUGUCACAAGUACACAGCAAUUUUAAACAUUGUUCUGUAUACUUCUUAUACAGAUUUACUCUACAGUAAAUUAUUUUAUAAUAGAUUGUAUUAUGUACUUCAUAUAAAUUUGUAUAGUAAUUGGUAUGUAGGUGUUAUUAAAAUACACUUCCUCUACUCUAUACAUAAUGAUGUACUAAUAUGCAUAUAAACAUAUUUUUAUCGUGAUUUUAAUGUAUCACAUCUCUUAGCUUAUGCUUUAUAUUUUUAAGUACACAUCAUGUUGCUCGUACACACCAGACCUGAUUGUACCUAACCUUGUAAGCUCAUGUUGGAUGUAUAUUACUGUUUGUUGUCUUGAAAGAAUGUUUUAGAUUAAAUACACUUUAGCUUUAUACACAAGUAUACUAUUUAGUAUUAAGUGUACUUCAUCAUUCUGUAGAUGAAAGCCUUUCAUUUUGUCAGUGCAUUGUAUUUGACAGGACCUUCAAGUAUUAAAAUUAGUGUAUCAGUGGAUAUUUGUAUUUAGUAGUGUGUAGAAAAUAUAUAAAUAUAUCAGACUAAACUAAGAGCUUUAGAUUAAUUUUUAUGAGAUGUGCACCAGUCUUCAGUAGUGUUCUGAUUCCUAGGAAAUGGGUUAAAACAUCAGACAUCACACAUUUAUGACUUCAGGAUUUUCGCACAUUGACAGCUUUUAAUAUUCCUUUUUUUCUGUAUGUUUCCACUCUUGAUACUGUAUUUACUAAAACAUAACACAUUCUUCAAAAAUACCUCAUAGAGCAGCAUAUUUUGUUCUCUUAACAAACCUGAAUAAAAUGCUCAUUUGGUUAAUUGUACAAUAUGUAUAUGAGGUGUUUUAGAAAAAUGAUUCUUUUAUGAAAAAGUGACCUAACUGAUUCAAAAAUAGUGUAUAAAUUGGCAUAUAAACAUAUUUUUUUUAUCUUGAUUUUAAUAUAAUGCUUUACUAAAUACACAUCAUGUUGCUCGUCCACACGAGCCCUAAUUAAUUCAAAAAGAUUGUAUAAAUAUUUUUACUUUAUUUGAUUGUAAAUUUUCCGAAGCAGUAAAGUUAAAUUAUUUGUUAGGGGGUCUCAUGAUGCAUUGUUCUAGUUUCUCAAAGACAGCUUGAAGUUAGUGUUAACAUCUGUAAAUAGCCUAUAGUAGAGAUAUUAAGCUAAUUUUAAGAAAUUUAAAACCUAAUUUUGCCUCCAAUCACACAUUUUUACCCAACCCAAUUUGUCACCUAAAUUAUUGAUAAUAUUUGUACACUAUCAUUAUGGUGUUUAAAGUGUCACUGAAAAAUUAUUCACAGAAGUAUUAGAAAUGUAUAGAGUUAAUGAAAUGUUUACUUAUCUAACAUAUUAAAUAAUUAAAUGUUAAAGCUGAUUUUACUAGAACAAAGUCACAUUAGGGUGAAAAGUAGAACAUGAACACUUUCUCUAGAGCACAAAACUGGAAUGUUAAAGGUGUGGGUGUAAGCCUAAUGAAUAGAUUGGACUAUGUGCAAGCUUCAUUAGUACUUUCUAUUCUCCAACACUUAACUGAAAAAGGCCAUUGGAUCAUCUUAAGAUAUUUCACAAAUAAGGCACCUAUUUCUUAAGCUACUUGUAUUUGCAUAAGGUUAUUAAAGAUAUAAAAAUUAUCUUUGUCAUAAAUUAUGUGUUACGGUAGUUGUAAUAUUAGUGAAUGAUACAGUGCACUUAUGAAGAAAUAAAGUAUUAAUGAACUUUUCACUUCAUAUGUAAUUAAAAUUGAUUUAUCAAAUUUGCUCAAAUUUUACUUUAGUUUUUCAGAGUUUCUGUAUGGAUGUAAAAAAAAGUACUCCUUGAAGUAUGGUUAGUAUGAGCUCCUACUGGUGUGAAGAUUGUCUGUUGACUUUUCCCAUUUCAAGAAGUGUGUGUGAACUUAGUGGAAAGGUACCUGUCAUUCUACUUGUGAUUGAAUAACUUUUCACAUUUCCUAAAACAUAGAUCUUUAGAGUUAUCAGUGAGUGAAAUUGAAUUCUUAAUAUUAAUUUUUUUUAUAUAAUGUGAUCUCACUUUUUAGGGUGAAUCCUCUAAAUUGAAAGUAUUAUUCUAGAAAAUGGAUCCAUUUUAUAAGCAUCAUUUCUUAUUAUUAAAAAUUUUUCAGCAUUCAGUAGGCAAAGAAAGUUUUGCAAUUCUAUCCAUCUGACAGAUUCUGUCAUAAAGUUUUAGAAGUGUUAUGUUUCUGAACCAAAAAAUGUUUCAGCUAUAGAUGGAUAUUAUCACAUCGACAUUUUUCAAUAUUCUCAGAGAUGAUGUAGAGUAUAGUAUAAAUUUUUGUUAAUAUCAUUUUUAUUUUUUAAUUAAGUCAAGUGUAAACUUUCUCUUCAGGAUAAACACAAAAAAAUUGAUAACCAGUCGAAACAAAAGCUCAGUGCACAUAUAUAUACGCUCAAUAUAAUUAAAAUUCAGUUUCAGUUGAAAAAUUUGUUUGCCUAAAAGAAGCUUAUACAUAUAACCUUCUGUUAAGUAAAAUAAUAUAAUACUUUUGUAAUUUUUUUAGAAAGUAUUUUUUUAAUCCGAUGUACUAUAAUCUGAUAUUUUUAAAGACCAUCUGGUGUACAUCUGCACUAAUUAUAUCAACUUUGAAAAACUUAAAUGUAUAAAUCGUAUAAUAAAUAGCAAAGUUAUUAGAUUGGAACUUUAUUUUAAAAAGCCAACUUCACAGUUUCUAUUUACGUGUAACUACUGUCAUGUACGAGCAUGCCUAACUGUGGUGCUUCAGUUUUCUUUCAUAACAGUUAUAAUAGUCAGUUAUCAGAUAAAGAUAACUAGUUAUCCAUUUGUUAAACAUGUGUUUUAAUAUAAAUUGUAGUAGAUUUUUCAGGAGUUAACCCAGAUUUUCAUAGCCUUGUGGAAUAUUACAUUAAUAGAUAAUUAACCUGUUUACCCAAAUUAUUUUGUGAAUUGUGCACAUUUUUUAGUAUCAUAAGUAUUAGUAAAUAAUAUUAAUGGGUCAUACAGAUUAUUAGGGUGGUUGCCAAUAAUGUUUAAGUUUUUAAUUUCAUAACCCAGAGUUUUGUUGGUGUUACUUCAGUUAUUUCUGGUAUCUUAUUAACCAAAAAAAUCUUUUCUUCAGUUAAAGUGCUUAUCAAGGCAUGUAUUUUUGGUAUGGAUGUUAUAAACUUUAGCAUAUUGUUUAAUUCUAUUUACAGUUGGAAACUUACAUGAAGAUAUCCACUAAUUUGGUGUUUACAAUUUAUAAGUUCAAAAAUACAAUUUAAAUUUUUUUUAUAGUAACAUUGCUUCAAAUUAAAACAGAAUUCAUGCACAAUUUGAUCCAUUUAAGACAGGAAAAUUUAGUUAGGGUUUUCUGUAAUUUGUCAGUGUGUGAGUAAAAAAAUGGGCAAUAGAAUUAAGGAAUUGAAUUUUCUUUUAUUUCUUUAAAGUAAAUAAACGGUUGAUGGUGCAGUUUAAAAUAUUUUGCUCUAAGUUUUCUCGUGUUUAUUUUAUUGCAUUCUUUAAGUUUUUAAGUAAAGGAGAAAUCUGAUGUUUAUUUUUUCAAUUAGUGUAACGUAAAAGAAGAAAAUUAAUGCACUUGCAUUCAAAUGGUUUUAUGCAGUACAAUGAAAAAUGAAUUUUGAAAGUAUAUUUGAAUUUUCAUGUUUUUUUUACUUGAGUAAUGUUAAAAAGAUCAGCACGUUAUAUAUAUUGAAAAAAACAUUAAAUCUUAGAUAUGUCAAAUUUUACCCAUUAUGAUAUCUUUUUCAAAAAUAGCAUGAGAUUAAUCAGUGAAAUAUUAAGUUUUGAAAAAUUUUUAAACCUGUUUAUCUUGUUUAAAUGGAAUAAUGAAUAAAUGGAAUGGUAAAGUAUUCAGUUAAACACAAAGUAAAUGCAGUAAUAUUAUUAUCUUGGGAUGUGUUUUAUGUUCUCUUGUAGGUUUCUUUAAAAAUUCACAUUUCUAUUUAUUGUACUUGGAUCAUAGCUAUGUUUUUACAUUCUUGGAGUAUAAAAACAGAAAAGAUCUAUAAAACUUUAAAGUUAAAAUAAGGGAAAUUGUGACAGAAAUUUUUGACAAUUGCACACAAUACAUUAUAAAAUUUUGUAUAUUUUUCAAUUUUAAAUGAAAAAGUUGUUGGUUAUAACUGAGCUUCAUAUCUGAUCCAGAUCUUGUGUUUUUGUGUAACUGUGUACAGGAUGGAGCAAAAGUUACUAUAAAGUUGGUACUAGAGAAAAUACUAUGAACACAACUGAAACCAAUUUUCUUAUUUUUUGUUUCAGAAUAAUAGGCAGAAAGCAAACCAUAUUCCAAAUGAAACAACUGUAUGGUCUCUUUUGCCCAACCCUGUAUUAUAACAAAUUCCUAGUUUUAUGAUGUCGGAUAAUGUUCUUUUAAACCAGAAAUGUAGGUUAUGCUGUCUUGUAAAUUAUCAUCUUAUAAAAAAGAUACUCUGAAAAUAUAAGGGAAACUUGUAGUUUUAUAACUUAUAUUAGCACUUUUAAUAAAGUUAUAAAAUAGAAUACAUUUAAUCUAGUCGCAUGUACUUAGAACUUGCUUUCCUAAAACUGUAAAGAAAACAUUUUAAAGCACUUAAGCACCGAGUUCUGAAAUGGAUGUUAAAACAUAGUUAUUUUGUAUAGCUAGCUAUACGUAAGAGGGCUAAAAACUAAUUUGUAUGUAGAAACAGCAAGUGUAAACUUUAGAUAGAAACAGAAAACAAUUUAAGAUUUGCUUUGCAAGGUGUGAUCUGUUGAGUGUAAUAAAUGUACGUACAAAGUAUAUGUUAACUAUGGUUGUUUACUUUGUAGUCAAUGAGAGUGAAAAAUAAAGAAGCAAGUUUUAUCUUAAGUUUUGGUGAGAGAAACAUUGUUAAUGUGGUUUGCCUUGCUGUUGUGCUUUGCUUCUGUGAUAAUUCAUAAGUUCUGAAGCUCCCUUGAGCACCACCAUUGGCUGUAGACCAUUAAAGCCUUGAUCUAAUAAACUAGUGUCUAAAA